AUGAAUAUAUUUGAAUUUAUAAAAAAGCAUUUUAUGUUUAUUUUUUUUAUGAUAUAUCGUUUUUUUAAUAUAAAAUACCCAAUAAAAAAAAAAUUCAUAAUAUUUGGAUUACCUUCUUCGGGGAAAACUUCUAUAAUAUACUUUUUCAAGCUUGGAUAUCUUAUUACAAGUGUAAAAACAUAUUUUGUAAAUGAAGAAAAAUUUACAUUAAAAAUAAAUCACGAUAAAAAUCAUAAUGAAGAAAAAAAUUAUGAAAUAAAUUUUUAUGAGAUAGGACAUAACUGUUCAUUCAAUUUAAUAAAAGAAUAUGCAGAUAUAUCAGACGAUGUAAUUUAUAUUAUUGAUAGUAUACAUAAAGAUAAAUUAUGUGAAUGUAGAGAAGAUUUUAUAAGAAUAUUAUACGAGUUUCGAUUUAUAUAUAGAAAAUGUAAAUUUUUAAUUUUUAUGAACAAGCAAGAUUCUAAUGGCUGCCUAAAGCCAGAAGAUAUUAUCAACUAUUUUGCUUUACCAAAUGAAUUACAAUAUCGAUGUAAAUUUAUAUCUUCAAGUACAUUAUCUGGACAAGGAUUAAAUGAAGGUUUAGAAUGGCUAUUAAAUUAUAAUAUAUUUUAUGAAAAAGAAAACAUUAUUGAAAGGCGUAAAAAGUUAUAUGACUAUUAA